AUGAAUAUGUUGGAUGAUGAAGAUGACCAAAGCUUUCACGAUACGCGUGACGGCUACUCCCAUUUGAGCGAUGUCGAAUGGGAUGCGGUUGAACGAAUGGGUUCAACUAUGGGCAUCCAUGCUGUUAGCGUCAUGCUAGAGGCUCUCAAUAGAGAUGCCCAACAUGCUACUAUCGCCAAGUUCAUUCAAAAUGAACUUGACGCAGAACGCGAGAAAGUAGCCUUGCUUUACCAACAAGGUUCUCAACAAGCAGAGUUGUUGAGAGAACAGGGUGCUCAACAGUUUGAACUGUUGAUACAGCAGCAGGCUGCUGCUGGUGGGUCGAUGUAUUCGCGACGACCCGAGACCUUGAAGAUUGACAUCUCCAAGUAUAGAGGAGUCGAAGAGGACUCCCUCUUGAGAUGGUCUGUCAAAUUAGACGACGCCAUAUAG